ACAACUUCCAUUCACGAUGGAAAGCUUCCUGAAAUGAAAGACUUCUACCAUUCUUGGCCUUCAUCGAGCGAUCGUAACUCUUAUGGCAUUUUUGAAAAGAUCCCACUUACGCGGAAAGCUCUCCGACUGCAUCGUCUCUGCUUCCUCCGCGGCGGUGCGCAAAUUUCAAAUAAAAUCAAAUCUCCGACUUUCUCGGGGAGAGUCGCCUCAAGCCGGCAGUUCCUACCACGAUUUGCAUAUUCCUUGCGUACGAAUUCGUAGCGAAUCACGCAAACGCCGGCGACGGAACGUUACAACGACACCCUCGAUUUGCAACCCCGAAGAAACUUUACGAAGAAUCGGGAAAGAAGCCUUGUUACGUUCGAGAGAUACUAGUAGCAAUAAUAAUCGGAAUUUGUUGUAUGUAUUUGUUAUAUAUUUAUUUAUUCGUAGAAACAGAUACAGAAGAAUACCGAUGAAAGUACACGCAGCAUUCUAGACUAAUUAUUGUACGUAUAAUAUUCUUGUAUAGUAUGUUAUACGUCUGUCUAAGUGUAUAACGAGGAAGAUUGUAAGCUUCAGGCAGAAUCAGUACUAACUAUUACACGCUUCACUUAAUUAUGUAAUUAAUUAAAUAUAAGACAGG